AUGUCCGUCAACCCUCUCCCCUCACAACCCCCCUCGCCGCUCGGUCGGAAUCGCAGCUCCCUCCUCUCCAAAUUUCGCUCCCAACUCGGUCAACGAAAUCGCAGCAUCACCGACUUCUACAUCGAACCGGACGAUCCUUGGCGCUCAUACUUUCCCGGGGAUGUGAUCAGUGGGACCGUUGUCCUUACAGUGGUACGGCCCGUUCGCAUUACACAUCUGGUGGUCUGUCUCCAUGGCUUUGUCAAGGUCUUCAAGAACACCGUGCCCCCGGGUGAACAGGCCCCGGAUUUGGGCUUUCUGGGGCCGGGGCGCGGGCGUCGCGGUGCCGAAUAUCUGGGAAAUGGCCUGUCCACACUAUUCGAAGACGAGGUCGUACUUUGCGGGGAAGGUCGGCUUAAAGAAGGAAUCUACAAGUUUCGCUUUGAGAUGUGCUUUCCCCCGUAUGCGCUACCCAGUAGCAUCAAUUUCGAACGAGGCACGAUAUCAUAUAUGCUUACAUCCACCUUGACCAAACCGACGACGAUCAACCCGACCUCGACGUGCCGGAGACGCGUCAACGUCCUAGAAAACAUUGACAUCGCGCCCUUUCCCCCACCUAAGCCGCGCGUCGUCACCCUCGAGCCGAUUACCCGACGGUCCAAGUCGAAGGCAAAGGCCAAGUCAGCCGGAUCUGACGCGCCUGAUACACUCUCCAUCGAUCCGUCAGCCCACGGCGGCAACAGUAUUGACAACCGCCCCCCUCUGAGCCCGGCGCCCAGCAAUGUCAGCUCAUCGAGUCGGCGGAGCAAUAGCAGUUUGAGCUUCCAGGUUCCCAGCGACCCGAACUCAUCGACGAGUACUGGAAUGCGGAACAGCGAAGCCCGGAGCAUCACCCCCUCCACGACGGAUCGAACCAUUAUGGCCAAGGCAGAAGUGCUGCGCGCAGGCGUGUUGCCGGGGGAUACCUUGCCAAUUAAUGUCACCAUCAACCACUGCAAGCAGGUGCGCAGCGCGCAUGGGAUCAUCGUGACACUGUAUCGCCAGGGGCGGAUUGAUCUCCAACCCGCGAUCCCGAUGGGGAAACCGGCGGAUGGCAAGAAGCCCAUUUACGAAGACUACUAUCCACGCUCGCGGACCGGCUUGGGCGGCCUGACACUUGGCAGCAGCCGCACCACCGGGGUGUUCCGCAAGGAUCUAGCGCAGACAUUUGCACCACUGGUGGUGGACCCCACAAACCUCACCGCGCUGGUGAAGACCUCAAUCCGGGUGCCCGAGGAUACGUUUCCGACCAUCACGCGCACGCCGGGGAGCAUGAUCAACUUCCGGUACUAUGUGGAAGUGGUGGUCGACUUGCGGGGCAAGCUCACCUCGCCCGACCGGUUUCUGCCCCGGUUCAACAUGGUCUCCUCGGGCGGCAACUUCUCCUCCAGCGGGCAGGUGUUGAACCCGGCCGAUGUCAACAACAGCGUGAUCACGGCGAAUUGGGCGGGUAACAUCCUGGACACCGAUCAGAUUCGACGUGAAAAGGGCGUGGUGGCGGUGAUGUUCGAAGUGGUCAUUGGGACGCGUGACUCGCAGCGCGGCGUGAAGGCAGCAGAGCGCACGCCUUCCACGUCCGCUCCAGUGGAUCCCAAUCAGCAGCCCGCUGGCCCGGACGGCGAGACAUGGAAUACCGACCAGUCCCCGACCCCCAACGCCGAAGGUGAAUAUGUGGCACAAGAAGACUACGGCUUCCCGCGGGAACCAUCCCACUGGCCUGAAUACGCCGGUCAGGAGUACCCAGGCGAGUCACAGGCAUAUCACCCUGGGGAGAUGGUAUCGACGCCGCCGGCCGACGAGCCGAGCGAUGAAAAGAGCCGGCUCCGGCGGGCUGAGCAGAUGCUCCUGCCGAGUCGCCCACCUGAUGAUGCCGGGGUUGGGCCAUCUGAGAUGGCGAUUCCGACGGCGCCAGUGCUGCCGGAGGACGACCAUCUUAACGACUACCACCACCUGCCGUCACCGACGGAGAAUGGGACCCCGCGGGCGGUGAUCUCUGCGGAGUCGGUGCAGACCGUCGUGCCUGGAAGCAGCGCGGCGGGCGCGAGUGGAUCCGAACCGCCUGGAGAGGAUAAGCAGGAGCUUGAGCGACAGCGGUUGAUGACAGAAGUCAGUGCGCCUGACGAUGUGGAAGUUAUGGAGGCGCCUGGCAGGUCGACGGAUGCGCCGACGGCGCCGGUGUUCCACGACGACGAAGGCGACCAUCAGCUGGUGGGCAGCGCGGCGCGCGGCGACGAGGCAUUACCGCGAUAUCAGCGGUGA